AUGUCCGUUGGACGACUCACAUUAGAGUUCAGUAAGCUUUUCAGCAUUCCCAAGUUGAAUGUUCAGAGGUGCAUAAGUACUAGCUCUAGAAUAUUAGAUAGUGUUAGAGAUGCACACAGACAAGGAACAAAAAUUCCUGCUCAUCAACAAGAAACUAUGGAAGGUACGUCUGGAGCGAAUAUGCGUACUUCUGUCAAUUUAUCGGGCAUUGAUUCACGUUUUCCAACAGCUGAAACUCUUAAAGAGCAGUUCAACGGUAUUGUCUAUAACGAACUACCCAUAGUCUUCAUAAAGGCAACUAAAAAUAACACCCUGGUUACAGUUACUGAUCAUAAACAUAAUAUGAUUACGUAUACUUCAUGUAGACUGGAAGGGUUCAAAAACGCUAGGAAGAAGACCACUAUUGCCGGACAAACUACUGGUGUUGCUGCUGGGCAGAGGUUGGUUAGGCGAGGUAUCCGGACCGUGAGAGUUCAGGUGAAAGGGAUUGGCCCGGGAAGAAUGACUUGUAUCAAAGGCUUGACUGUUGCGGGAGUUGAAGUUGUAUCGAUCACUGAUCAUACACCUUUACCAGAGUUAGGGCCACGUCCUCGCAAAGUUAGGAGAGUGUAA